GUGCAUGUCAGAGAGCCUGGGGGCAUUAUGUCAGAGCAGCAGGAAUGUGUCCUAAUAAACCUCUGUGACCCAUGCUACUAUUUCCAAAUACUUGUUAGCUGGGACUAACCUCCCUUUAGGUUUGAGGGGUGUGAGUAACAGGGAGGGAGUAACAGAGACAGAGAACAGUACACUCAUCACUUGCAAACAGUAUGGAAUAAACCAGGUAUAUGACAGUCCCAGCUGAGAAGGGCAACUGCAAAGCUUACUGAAGACAAAUGCAUCUUACUUCCUGAUAUUUGUCUAUAUUUGUACACCGUCCGAUCAAAUCAUUUUGACAAAGAUGGAAUAUGCUAUGAAGUCUCUGAGUCUACUAUCUCCCAAGUCACUCUCUAAGUGCGUUUCUGUCAGUGCUUCAAUGACCCAACAACUCCUUUCCCGUCCAGCUUCCAAACCUCGACCAUAUCGUGUAUGCAAUUUUGACCGUAGCGUCAGGAAAGGGAUAGUUGCUGACAGUCUCGGAGAUCUAAUCAACAAGGCACAAGAUACUUUGCUUAUCACAGAAGCGAUAACUCUCGUUAUGGAUGAGGAUGGUACAGUAGUGGACACAGAAGAGUUUCUCCAAUCCUUGGAAAGUGGGACAGUGUUUAUGGUGCUUUCAAAGGGGCAGAAAUGGAAAUCUUCUGAGAAAUCAGGAUACCACGUUUCCCUCUCCAACAAGCCUACGCGAAAAAUUGAUGUGGCACAUUUCAGCUUUGAUCUGUACAAAUCUCACCCUCGAGAUUUUAUUGGCAGCUUGAACGUUAAGGCCACAUUAUACGGAACAUACACUCUGUCUUACAACCUGCAGUGUUAUGGAGCCAAAAGAAUGAUGAAGGAAGCUCUACGCUGGACCCUCUUCACCAUGCAGACAACUGGGCACGUUCUGCUUGGUACAUCAGGCUAUGUGCAGCAGCUUCUGGAUGCCACAGAACGCGUGGAACCAGUGGAAGAGAAGCCCGCAACAGCCCUUAGAGACCUAAUUCCCUUCUACACACGGAAAAUGCUUCAGUAGAAACACUUUGUCUUCAAAACAAACGAAAAAGGGAUACAGUAUAUCGUGUGCAAUAUGUAAAGCUGUGUGUUUUCACGCACAAUACAUGACUUGGGUUCCACUCCAGUGCAACUCCCUGCUGUAAAAGUGGAUACUUUUAAAGGGACUUGAAAAAAACUAAACACAAAAACACAGUGGUUUUCUAAUCAGGUCUCAUGACACACUGAGACUAUGAACUCCCCUAGAUAAUGUAUGCUGUGCUUUUGUAUACCUCUCCUGCGCAGCCAUCCCAUCCCAGAGGAAUUAAGGAAUAACUACUGUAGUUAUCCUAAACUAAUACCCUCUUUCACCCUCUCUUAAAAUAUAGUGUCUGAUUUUCAAAAAGAAGAAAACAAAAAAGAAUUCUUUACAUAGAAUCAAAAAAUGUUAUAUCUAAUGCAGCUGACUAUGAGUGCCUACAGGAAUUUUUUCCUUUUUUAAAUAAGUUGUCUCAUGGGUGUAUAGAUUAAUUUGUUUCUGAAAACAGAUUAAGCAUUCUUCCUUUCAUCGUUCUAAACCUGGUGUAUAUUUUUUUUUAAGGAAAUUGUUUUUGUAUCAGUUAUGUUGCAUAUAAAAUGCACCCACAUUUGAGAGAUUUUCAAUUUUUUUUCCUUUCUGUUCUUCAAAAGGAAUUUUACGGCAUAACAGAUGUAUGUGGAACUAGAAAGAGAUUCUUACCCCUCCUAUUGCCAUAAACAUAGGGGCCUAUUCAUCAAUAUGCGAGCGGACAUGCAGAGUUUGAUAAAUAUGCCCCAUAGUGUGCAGUUGGUUAGGAAAGUGAUAUUUUCACAUCAGCCACUUGUUAAAGUGAAGGUAAACUUUGAUGAAUGAAAGCCGUUUUAAAAAAAUACUAUUAAAAACAGGGGCACUUUCAUUCAUCAAAGUUUAGAAGGCAGUCGUUUAGAUUAAAAACUUACCUCUCUUCUUUGCACAGCCAGAGCAGCUUCCCCCACCUUGAGAUCCUCUCUUCACACGUCAGCAAUGACUAAUCCAACUUCCUCCAAUCACGGCAUGGCCUCAGACAAUGACUACCCUGGGGGGAAAGCAGUGAUUGGAGGAAGCUGGAUUAGUCAUUGCUGACGUGUGAAGAGAGGAUCUCCGGGUGGGGGAAGCUGCUCUGGCUGUCAAAAAAACAAAGGUAAGUUGUUUGUUUUGUUUUGUUUUUUAAUCAAAACGGCUGCCUUCUAAACUUUGAUGAAUGAAAGUGCCCCUGUUUUUAAUAGUAUUUUAAAAAAACGGGCUUUCAUUCAUCAACGUUUACCUUCACUUUAAAGAGACACAGAAGUCACAGUUCAACUUUCAUGAUUCAGAUAAAGCACAACUAUUUAAAAUAUAUUCCAAUGUAUUUCUAUUAUAAAAUUGAUUUUGUUUUCUUGGUAUGUUCUACAUUGAAAACACUGCUGCCAUAUGAUGCUCAAGACACCUGCUCUCUCCUGAACUCUUCAACAAAGGAUAUCAGGAGAAAGAAGCGAAUUUGAUCAUAUAAAUAAAUUGGACUGUUUUUUUGUUGUUAAUUGCAUGCUCAAUCUGAAUCAUAAAAGUUAAAUUGUCAUGUUCCUUUAAUCGCUUUCAUAUGGCUGUUAGGUUAGUAGGGGGUUGAGUUAUAGGGGUAGAUUUAUCAUAGUGCGAGCAUACGCUGUUGGCAUUUAUCAUUGCACCAGCAGAUUCGCGGCCAGGGGGUGUCAAUCAACACGAUCGUAUUCAGGUUGAUUUCUGUCUGCGGCCUCAGAGCAGGCGGACAAGUUAUGGAGCAGCUGUCUUUAGACCGCUGCUUCAUAACUUCUUCUUCCGGCGAGCCUGAAGGCUCGCGCGGGAAACGGGCAUCAAGCUCCGUACGGAUCUUGAUAAAUCGUCCCCAUAGGGUCUUAUACUAUGUAUUCCAAAGAAUCAGACCAAAAUUCAACUACUCCUUAUAUUUAGUUCCUUGAGGGUCUAUAGGUGGAGUUAGAUGGGGAAACGUGACACUAAACAAACUUUUUUUAUAUUAUAGAUAUAUAGCCAACAAUUAAAUGUUCUUGACUUUGUUUUUUCUGUGUUUUACCAUAGCUUACUAUAUAAUGAUGCUAUUGUCUUACUGAGAUAAUACAGUGAGUCAUCCUGUGCUGACUAAUGAACUUGAGGUAUUAUUCACUGCUAAAGAAACAUCAUAUAUUGUUUGAUGCAAUACCCUGUAAAGCUUUAGUUUAUUGUUUUGUAAAAGUAAUGACUGUCAUAGUUUAAAGGGAUAGUCUAGUCAAAAUUAAACUUUCAUGAUUCAGAUAGAGCAUGCAAUAUACUCCUAUUAUAACUUUUUCUUUGUUCUCUUGGUAACUUUAUUUAAAAAAAGCAAGAAUGUAAGCUUAGGAGCCGGCCCAUUUUUGCUUCAUCACCUGUGUAGCGCUUUCUGAUUGGUGUAUAAAUAUAACCACCAAUCAGCAAGCACAACCCAGGUGCUGAAGCAAAAAUGGGCCAGCUACUAAGCUUACAUUCAAAUAAAGAUAUCAAGAGAACGAAGAAAAAUUGAUAAUAGGAGUAAAUUAGAAAGUUGCUUAAAUUUGCAUGCUCUAUCUAAAUUGUGAAAGUUUAAUUUUGACUAGACUAUCCCUUUAAGAGAAUAAUGUUGCAAAACAGGGGUUUGAACUAUGAAUGUUAAACUUGACCUUUAAACUUUUACAAUGUAAAAUGUAAACUUGUUAAAGGGAUGUAUGCACUUAUGACAAGUAUUCAAUUGAUUUUUUUUUUCCGUUUACAUGCGUAGAUCGCUCAUGGAUGAUACAGGCACCACAUUUACACCAAAUAGUAUAUGAAUUAUUUGAGAAGUGGUUCAUUUGAACGGGAGUUAGAAAUGGAAUGUAAUGCACAAACUUUAACACAAUGCAAAAGUUGUCUUUGUAACACUGACUGUUACCAGAUUUGUUAUUAAUAACGCUAAAAAAAAUUACAUGAACUUUGUAAAAUAUUUAUAUUUAAUAUGUUUGUAACCUGGUGUAUUUCUUUGGAUAAUAAAUUUGAUUAUUUAUCA